AUGCCCUCCAAGUUCGGCCAGUUCGUCCCUCGCGGCGUCUAUGCACCUCUGUACACCUACUUCCAUGACGACGAGACGCUCGACAUCGAGGCGCACAAGCGCCACGUCCAGUUUGUCGCGUCCGCCGGCGUCGGUAUCGUCGCACUCGGCUCUUCGGGCGAGGCCUCGCACUUGACGCGCGACGAGCGCAACGAGAUCAUCGCGGCGACGAGGCAGGUCCUCGACGCCGACGCGGCGCUCGUGAGCAUCCCUCUCAUCGUCGGGACGAGUGCUGGCUCGACGAGGGAGACGAUCGACUUCACGAAGGACGCCGCGAGGCUCGGCGCCGACUUUGCCAUGGUCAUUACGCCCGGCUACUUCGCCGGGCUCAUGUCGAGGGAUGCCAUCAAGCAGUUCUACCUCGACGUGGCUGCCGCGAGCCCGAUCCCGAUCCUCGUCUACAACUAUCCCGGCGCCUCGAGCGGCAUCGACAUCGACUCAACGCUCAUGUCCGAGAUCGUCGCCGCUGCGCCAAACGUCGCCGGCACGAAGCUGACCUGCGGCGCCGUGGGAAAGCUCUCUCGUAUCACGGCCUUGCGCGACGACUUUGCCGUCUUUGGCGGGUUCAUCGACUUUCUCCUGCCGUCGCUCACGGUCGGGGCGGCGGGCUGCAUCACUGGCUUGGCAAACACCGUUCCGAAAACGUGCGUCAAGCUGUACCGCGACGCUCAAGCCGCCCUUUCGGCCGACUCAAUCUCGUCGUCGACGUUCGCCUCGCUCCAGAAGCAGCAGCUCGUGUGCUCUCGUGCCGACUGGGUCAUCAUCAAGGGCGGCAUCAACGGCCCCAAGUUCGCGCUCGACCGCCUCAACGGCUACGGCGGUAAGCCGCGCAGGCCGCUCCUCCCGAUGGACCCGGCGGCCGGCGAGAAGAUGCUCGAGUCGCUCGAGGAGGUUCUUGCAGUCGAGCGAGCCCUGUAG